AUGGGGAAGAAAGGACUUAUACAGCUGAUGAUAAUUUUGUGGGCACCUACCAUAAGCGCAGUUCUCAUUGAAGGUAUUGUUGGAGGUGCUGUUCUUGUAAGUGGCUACUUGGGGCCUAAAAUUUAUUGUCAUUUCACUGAAUGCUGUAAGAACAAGUGGAUUAAACCCAACAUAACGGGUUUACAGUCAGCCCUUCGGAGGCGUGUUUUUGGUCAACACUUGAUCACCGAGACCGUUUUAAAGGCUCUUGUUGGACAUUUGAACAACAAGUCGCCUGAUAAAGCGUUAGCCCUUUCCUUCAACGGCUGGACAGGAUCAGGAAAGAACUUUGUGAGCAAAAUCAUUGCCGAACAUAUCUUCAAAAAGGGAUUGGAGAGUGAUUAUGUUCAUCAGAUCAUAGCAACCCAUGAAUUCCCUCAUCAGUCCGAAGUAGACUUUUACAAACGACAGCUGCGUAAUCGAGUGAUAGGUUCGGUAUCAAAGUGCCCCAGAUCGCUAUUUAUCUUCGACGAAAUGGACAAGAUGCCAGUAGGCCUCAUAGAUGUGCUUAAACCCUUCUUAGAUCACUACCCUCCUGAUGUAGGCAAGAUCGAUUACCGUCAAAGUAUCUUCAUAUUCCUUAGCAAUUCGGGGGGUCAUCUUAUCAACAGUGCUGUUCUAAAACACUGGGAAAGACGGAAAGAAACGAGAAGACAUCAAGAUUAA